UAUGACGCAUUUUUGCAAGUACGCUGUACUUCAGAAGAAUUCUAUUGGUGGAGUUGAAAAAUACUGUGGACCAAUGACGUCGCGUUUUGUUGAGACGUUCAAAAUAACAUUUCUGACAGAUACGAAAGGAGUGGGCCAUAAUCGCCAUGGAGUCAUCUUCAGUGUACAUGUGCUUUCCCUGUUAUCGGGAGUUUCCCACACUAGAGGAAGUGCUUGCACAUCAGAUGACAUGCACUGCGGAGAAUCCACAACUCCUGCCCAAUGAGACGCCUAUCGAGGCUGCAGCCGCCGCUGCUGGUCUGCCACAGGUGGCGAUGCAGGCUAUGUCGGUUCCCCAAAUCCAGACUCAGACAGCUGUUGAUUUGUCUUCUCUGCUAGAACAGAAGAAAACUUUCCAGUCAGAUGCUCCGCGUGUUCUGUACCAGUGCGCUGACUGUGAGGUUCUCUUUGAUGCUCUGUCACUGUGGCAACAGCACCGCAAGAUGGGCUGUUGCCUUGAGACAGGACCUGGGCCUGGAGAAGAACAGAGUGGAGAAAGUCUUGAAACAGAAGCCCAACCGCUGCCUAGCCAGCCAGAAUAUCAGGACGCUGAGCAGGCACAAGAACAGACGGAGGUGAUGGAAGAGGGAGGACAGGCUGAAAUGAAGAUGGACAGCACUCGUCAAGAAUUUGUGGAGGUUUCCGGAAGAGUUGCGGCACCUGGGACCUCUCAGCAGGACGUACCAAGAAAAAGUGUCCCCAAGGAACCUCCAGACGUCUCGGUCACCAAAAAAGCUGCGCCAGUGGAGACCUCGGCUGAAGAGAACAGCCCUGCCACAAGGCGCAGGGGACAGAAGAAGGCCAAACCCCCCUCCAGCCUGCUCUGCGUGGAGUGUGGACAAAGCUUCAGCCUGGUUCCUGAGCUUGUGACUCACCGCAAGACUCAGCAUGGCUUAAAAGACGCCAUACACCGCUGCACGGUGUGCGGAGAGGGCUUCCUCAACACCACUCUUUUCCUCUAUCACCGCAAGCAGCACCGCUCAGAGGUGCAGGAAGAACCCAAGCAGACACCACCUACCGUUCCACAGCUUUCCACAGCUAUGCUGGAAGCCUCAGGUGAAGGACUCUUGCUUUUAGCCACAGCGGGAGAAGGCCAGAGCCUAAUGGAGGUGACCACUCUGGAACAGACCAUAACUGAGACCCCUGUAGCACAUGUGGAGGUUGAGCUGAACAAUGAUGGGACGAGAGGAUCUGAGACUCUCCAGACUGAGCAGGAACCUUCAGUGGAAGGCACUGAGAUUGUGGUGGAGAAGAUGGAGGAGGAGAGGGAUGGAGCAAAGCAAGACGAAGGAAUGGAGGUGGUCAUUGAUAAGAUACAAGGAGACAUGGAGAUGGAAAUGAGCGCUGUGGUUGAGGAGACCCAAGGAGAGGUGGAAAGUAACUCCGCAGAGGGAUCUGUGACGGCACCCCCCUCUGCUUUCCUCUGCCAUCAGUGCGGAUAUGUUUUCACUAAUGAUAAAGAGUUGGCCACACACCGCAGAACCAAGCACGGCCUGGAGGCGGCGUUGCACACUUGCACGGAGUGUGGGGCUGAGUUCAUGAGCACCACGCAGUUCCUGUACCAUCGCCGGGAGCACAAAAACACAGCUGCGGGACAUCCACCCGCUGCUGAACUGAAAAGCAGACUCUACCCUACUGCAGCUCCAGCUAUUGUUGUGAAACCUAGAGACAACGUGAACCUCAGACAACCAGUAACAGCAGCAGCAGCUGCAGACGGUGGCAUUGAGGCUCCCGCCAAGCUGAGCCGCGAAUGGUCACGCACCGCCCUGCCCCACGAGUGCCCACACUGUGGGCAGGGCUUUACACGGCGCAGCCGCCUGCGUGAGCACGUGUUCCAGCACACAGGUGAGAAACUCUUCAACUGCAAAAUUUGCAAAAAGAGCUUCCCAUCUCCGGCCAACCUACUGCGUCACAACCUGACCCACGGAGGAUCCCGCAUAUUCAACUGCCCCCUCUGUGAGAAGCGCUUCUUCCAGCCGACGUCACUCAAACGGCACAUGCUGAUUCAUCAGGGUGGACCCCAGGAACGCAGAGUCAGAGGCAAAGGGAAAGGCAAGGGACAAUCAAGUGAUGGGCGUCUACACAUCUGCCCAGAGUGCCCUGCCAGCUUCAAGUUUGAGUCCCAGCUGAGGAGUCACAGACUCCUACACACCAGCCAUCCUUUCCCUUGCAAUGUGUGCGGGGAGGCAUUUAUACGACGCAAAGAGCUGGACCUCCACUCUCUCAUCCACCAAGAUAAAGAACCAAAAACGUGUCCUAACUGCGGCUCUCAGUUCCUGAAUCAGACAGUGCUGGACACACACCUGCAGCGCUGCACAGGGGAGGAGACAGGCCGCCGCAGAUAUAAAGGUCAGGGAAGAGGCAAGGUGGGAGGUCAACUGGAGUGCGAUAUGUGUGGACAUCGCUGUGUGACUCAGGAUGGUCUCGACCUGCAUCGCCUCUCCCACACGGGUCAGACACCCCUGCGGUGCCCGCUCACCCCCUGCAGACGACGCUUCGCCUCCAGUGCUGCUUUAGGGGAGCACCUCGUGGCCCACUGCUGUGGAGCAUUAGGCAAAAGAAAUGCACCACGACGCUUCACCUGUGAGUUCUGUGGGAAGGAGUUUGCCUAUGCAUCCACCUUCACUGUUCACAUGAGAACGCACACCAACGAAAGACCUUUUGAGUGCACUCAUUGUGGGAAGCGUUUCCGGCAGCUUCCGCACCUGCAGGAUCACGAGCGCAUUCAUAGCGGUGAGCGGCCGUUCACGUGUUGGGUGUGCGGUAAAAGCUUCAGUGUAGCAGCGAGGCUAACGGAGCACGCCCGUGUGCACAGCGGCGAACGGCCGUACGUCUGCCCUCGGUGUCCCACCGCCUUCCGCUCACGACCCAACCUCGACAAACACAUGCGUCUGCACGCUAAUGACCCUGUGGAUCCUUCUGCACAGCUGGAUGAUGAUGCAGCAGUACAGACCAUCCUCUUAGUACAGGAGUCUGCCUCAUCUUCACCAUCCUCCUCCUCGUCCGCCAUGCCUGUGAUCCAGGAGGGCAUGUUGGUGGCAGAGGAAGGCAGCUCCUCUGUGGUCUUCCUGCACCCCAACCUUAGCAUGCCCACCAUCACUGUGCCCUCUAUAAAUGUUCCCAACAUCUCUGUUGUGGCAGGUCAGGAUGUGCCUCACACUAUUGAGGUUAUUUUAGAGGAGACUGUGUAAAGAUGAUGAGGGGGGUACAUGAUUUUGUUUUUUGGAAAGGCAGAUUCAGCAAUAGAUAAACAAUAGGUCAGGACUUUACAAAAGUCUAUUUGUAUGUAUGGAUUUGUGAGAGAUGCCUCCUUGACCUGGAUAUAUUUUGCUUUUGUGAUAUAGAUAUACAGCGAUUCAGCAUCUUUACCCUGGAGAAAACAAAAUCACAAAGGCCUUUGUAAUUAAAUUUGCCACUGUAAUUACACUUUGAUUUUAUCUUUUCAUUUGAGUAUUUUAUUUGCCUUUAAUACAAAAAAUGGACCAUAAUUUGUGGUGUUAAAUUUUAAUAAAAAGCUUGAGCUUC